AUGUCAUUUAUAAAUAUUUGUCGUGAUAAUACUGAUCCAUUUUAUCGUUAUAAAAUGCCUCCAAUCCAGUCAAAAACUGAAGGUAGAGGUAAUGGUAUCAAAACAGCUAUAGUCAACUUGGCAGAAGUUGCUCGUGCAUUAAAUCGUCCACCAUCAUAUUUAGUUAAAUUUUUUGGUUAUGAAUUGGGUGCUCAAACUCAAAUUGAUAGAUUUUUAGUUAAUGGAGCUCAUGAUACUGGAGAAUUACAAGAUUCAUUAGAUGGAUUUAUUAAUAAAUUUGUAUUAUGUGGUAGUUGUAAAAAUCCAGAAACUGAAAUUUCAUUAAAGGGAAAAGAUACUUUAGAAAGAGAUUGUAAAGCAUGUGGUAAAGUUACAAUUAUUGAUCCAAAACAUAAAUUAUAUUCAUAUAUUGUUAAAAAUCCACCUGAUAAUAAAAAAGGUAAAAAAAGUGCUACUGCAACUGCUAAUGUUGUUGGUGGUGGUAAAUCAAUUAGUGAUAUUGCAGCAGGUCAUGAAAAUGAAUUUAGUAAUGGUAAUGGUGAUGAAAAUAAUGAUACUGAAAAUUUCGAUGAAGAUGAUGAUUUAUUAGCUAAAAAAAUCCAAGCAGAAGCUGCUCAAUUACAAGAAUUAAAAAUUAAAGAUGAUGAAUGGGCAGUUGAUAUGUCACAAGAAGCUAUUGCUGCAAGAGCUAGAGAAUUAGAAGGUAUAAAUAGUAAUGGUAUAAAUGGAUCAUCUACAUCAUUAAAUAAAUUUGAUGAAUUUGGUGAAUGGUUAAUUAAAGAAAGUGAUGGAAAUGUUUCAAAUUUACCAAAUGAUGUUGAAAUUUAUAAAAAAAUUGUUGAAUUUGAAUUACUUGAAUCACCUGAAAUUUUACAAGUUUUAGGUCAAACAUUAUUUGAUGAAAAUAUUUUAGAAGAAAUUGAACCUCAUGUUGGAUUAUUAGCUAAAAUUAUUAAUGAAGAUUCAAAUUUUGAAAAAUCUCUAUUAGGUGGUUUAGAAAGAUUAAUUGGUAUACAAUAUCCUUCAUUAAUUUCACAAAUUCCAAAAAUUUUACAUAGUUUUUAUGAUAAAGAUUUAUUAAGUGAAGAAAUUAUUAUAAAUUGGGGUUCAAAAGUUAGUAAAAAAUAUGUUUCAAAAGAUGUAUCUAAAAAAGUUAGAAAAGCUGCUAAACCUUUUAUUCAAUGGUUACAAGAAGCUGAAGUUGAAAGUGAUGAAGAUGAUGAAUAA